AUGGACGACGUCCCACGCUUACUAUCGCUCCCCUUCGAGCUGAGGGACAUGAUAUGGACAUACUGCGCUACUACUGCGGAGUCAAAGGGGUUGCUGAUAUGCUGUCACCAGACAAGGGACGAGUUCACCGGCCACUGCAUACUAACUGAAGACGUUGAAAGGCUACAAACACUCCGGAUCUGGCUGGACUCUACAUAUGAUGAUGGAAUCUGGCUCAAGUUCGAUUACACCUGGACCAAGGAUGGGCAUUACCACCAUGCUGUCAACAAGAUCAUCCUGGACCUUCAAGCCCCGAGGCGAGGAUACUUUGUGGGCGCACUUUUUAUGAUGCUCGCCAAGGUAAACGAUGUCUAUUGUUUCAUUUCAAACAUGAUGCGAGAUAUCAUUAUGGAACAACCAGAUCCGGAUUUGGGACACGUCGAAAUCAACUUCAUGACGGAAUCAAGGCAGCCUGGCCAAACAGCCAACGAGGCAAAGAACUUCUGGGAGUGUCGUUCGCCAAAGGUCCUUCAAGAAUCGAUUAGGAAUCACCCGUGGGAGUUCCCACGCCCGCCCGUCAUCAACUAUAUGGUGUGGCCACGGAAGCAUGUUCAUAGGCAUGAACCUUUCACUACGGAAACGGUUCAGAAUCUUCGUAAAUUUUGCUACAAGAUGCAAUCCAAGACAGUACCCAAGGAGAUUAUAUGGAAACAGGCGGCCCAUCGCUUCCCUCUUGAUCGCUGUAACCUCCAACAGCAAAUUGCAGUGUGGUCGACCGAUUCCAUGACAAGAGCUCGCUGGAACGGAAAGCGCAAUAAGUUUGACAAAAUUCCUCUUACGAUUGAACAACAUUGGAAGCAUAUCUACUACGACAGGGAGAACCUCAUGUGCCGAUUCCAAUUCUGGUUGGACAAUCUCCCUAGACCUACCGGUGGGCCCAUGGAUAUGUUGCGACUCCAUCGAUUCAGGACCAUGGAUAAGUGUGGUGCUGGAAUCUUCAAUCGACAGAACCAGAGUUAUCCCAAGUCAGGAGGUCCUUAUGGAGCAUCUACCGAGAUCAAUAGGCGUCUUGCUACGCUGUUCGACCCUUUCGCAGCUGCUCAUAUCAUCGAAAUGCGCGACAGUUGCCCACAUUUUCGUGCAGUGAAGUGGGCGACCGCUUCUCUAUCUGAACAUACCAAAGGCAUGUCCAACCAGGCAUGGCUCAAGUUCUACCCUGAGGGUAUUCGAUAUUACUGGGAUAGACGAAACCUCAUCGAAUGGAGACUCCAUUGGACAACACGAAACUACAGCUUGCUGGAGAAGUUUGAAAACAGUCUUCAUGGCUGUAACAAUGUGCUCUUACACCAAUGGUGGGAGUGUGUGGCUUCCUACCAAGACUCAUGGGCCGUCCUCAACGACCUUGCGCUUCCCGUUGAACGUGAAGCCCUGCAGUGGGCCAUAAAGUCCUUCCCAAGCCAUCCCGCAGAUAUCGAGCGCCCGGUUCUGGUUCGACGGGAUCGGGAUGAGUAUAUUGUAGGUAUUCCUGUUACCGGUUGA